UCAGCGCCUUGAUCGGCUACAACGUAACAGCAAGGCCACAUGCUCGAUCAGCCAGCUACAACGUGCUAACAACCGACGCCAAACAGGCAAGAUUCAGCUUCCCCUUUCCGUUUCCUGAGAUUUCAGCCCGAACCUGGACGCUGCGACUUGUACGCAAGUUCUCCGCUCGCUCCUACUCGCAGCACUGCAGGCUUCAUUCCAGAGGUGUUGGCGCCAUGAACCUCACUGGUAUCAAGAUCCAAGAGAUGGUGAGGAAUACGAGGGAGAGACUGGAGGCCGAUUUCUCCAAGCUUGGAACCAAGAUCCACAGGUUCCCACGAGGCUUACGAGGGGUCAACGAGCGCUACAUCGUCCCGAGCUUCGUGUCCCUCGGCCCGUACCAUCAUGGCUCACCGCACCUGCGGGAGACAGAGGAGUUGAAGCACGCGGCAGCCCACUACUUGUGCGAGAAGUCAGGCCGCUCAGUUGAGGAGGUCUACGGCAAGAUCCUCUCCAUCGGCACUGAAGCCCGCAGCUGCUACGCCGAUGGUGCAAUGGCGAAGUUCACGGACGCUGAAUUUGCGGUAAUGAUGUUCCUCGAUGGUUGCUAUCUGCUGCACUAUAUGGACAUGGAUUACCAGUAUGCUUUAUUGUACAAUCGGAUGACCCUGUCCACGGGACCUUGCAUGCUAAGAGAUAUGUUCCUGCUUGAGAAUCAGCUUCCUUGGUUGAUUCUAGAGGCUCUUACGGACUUUUUUAUGCCAUAUCCUGCAUACUACAUUGUUAUUGGUUUGGCGAAAAAUUUUGAUAUCACCCCACAAUAUUUAUCAGAUUCAGAUUCAAAUGGUGCAAGGGUUUCUGUUGACGAACUCAAGAUAUACAGGCCGCCACAUCUCCUUGGGCUCCUCCGGUACCAUCUGAUUGGUGAUAUGACUGGAAAAGAUCAUACUCACAGUCUCACUUGCUCCUCACUAGCCAGCAGUGCGACUGAGCUCGCGGAAAUCGGCAUCAAGCUGACCGCCAACAGCAAGACAUGGUUUGCAGACAUGAGCAUGCAAAGAGACCCUAUCUUGUGCGGCCAGCUCUCACUGGCACCAUUGUUUAUAAAUGAUGCCAAUGCAUGCUGGCUCGUCAACAUGGCAGCUUAUGAGGCCUGCGUGUCCAGCACAACUCCAGCAGAUGGCUUCGUCAUCAGCUCAUACAUCUCCAUACUGGCAAUGCUCGUGGACAAGAAAGAGGACGUGCACGAGCUGCGGACGAAGCACCUCGUUAACAGCUUCUUCAGCACCCAUGAGCUGCUCGUUUUCUUCAAGGACCUUGCUCGCCACAUGCGCCUCGGCUACCGCUACUUUGUCAUCACGGAGAAGAUUGAGAUGUUCAAGCGUGAAAGGCCUGUGAGGAUCGCCGUGCAUAGGUUCGUAUACAACAACUUCAAGACGAUCAUCACUGUGCUCUCUGUUGCUGGUGUGCUCGCAGGUAUCUUCAGAACCUUGAUGAGUCUCAAGCAGCAUCAGCCGUAGCGGUUCGCGGUGAAGCAUGUGCGCUGUCAAAUUAUUUUGUGAUUCAUCUACAGUUUUCGUGCUUAUUGCAGUGUGAUCGAUGUCGUACGUACGGACUCCAUGUGUAAAAUUAUCCCAUCACAUCCACCUUGUUUUGAUCCCUUACUAGAUCUACAUGGUGUGACAUAUCCAAUCACAGUAUAUGUAUUAUGUAUAUCCUGUGUGUA